AAAACAGAAAUAUUCCACAUUCUGAAAUCAACCGCCAAAGUGAGCUGUCUUCUUGCCCCCGGAAUCAAAAUGGCUGCAAUAGAGUUAUCGAACCCAACAGUUCAAUCGUAUAUUAUAUACUCGGCGAUAUUAGCGUUGAAAUUAUUGGCCGUGGGGACUCUGACAUCUCUGGUGCGAAUGGGAAAAGGAAUUUUUUCGAAUCCUGAAGAUGCUAAGGCUUUUAAAGGGAAGGUGAAACUGGAUGACCCUAUAGUGGAAAGAACACGUCGUGCUCAUCUCAACGAUUUGGAAAACAUUCCUGCAUUUUGGAUUUUGGGAGCAUUGUACUUGACCACUGCACCGGCAGCGGCGUGGGCUACAUUACUAUUUCGAGUGUAUACAGUGUGUCGGGUCAUUCACACGUUGGUGUACGCCGUUAUCCCAUUGCCUCAGCCGGCUCGAGGAAUUGCAUACAUGGUGCCGUAUAUUAUUAAAUGGUAUAUGGGAGUCCAGGUUAUCUUGUACUAUUUAUCGGCUCUGUAGAGUAAGGUGUAACUAAGUGCAGUUUAAUUUUUUGGGGUGUUGCGAACAUUAUAUAACUUGUAAGUAUUUUCUAUGAAGUUCUGUGUGUUUUGGAAUUGUUCGGUGUGUUAGUUUUUACAAUUUUAUAUUAAAAUUAAUAAAAAAGGUCAUUAAAUUGCUUUACACAAUUUGCA